UUGUGUUUUGUCAGAAUUAAUGAGAAAAGUUCCCUUGCCCUAGGGGUAAUUAGUGUCCUUGGAGUUAAAUAAGCUAAUACUUAGACACCUCUGGCACAAGCAAUUAUGUUUGUGUAUUGAAUAAUUGAUUCAAAGAGGGGGGAAGGGCUGCUAAUCAGAUCUGAGCAUAAUGAAUUGAUUUAAUUAACAGGGGAAUCCGUGGGUCUCUGGGAACUGUGCGCAUUUAUUCAGAAGCAGGAGAGAGCUCAGCACAUAAAUUGGGAGAGAAAGGCGGUGAGAGUAUGCUUUUAGCUCCUGUCAAGUCUGGAAUUGGAAUUUUUGAAUACAGUUACAGUUUCGGAGCAAAUGAAAGCGGAAAAAAGCAUUUUACGGGGAAGAAAUCUUUCCAGUGAAAAUAGCCUUUUAAUCCGCCAAAUACAGUAACAUAUUUAACAAGCAAGUAUAAUAAUUCCAGUUUCCUCUCGCUCUCGCUUUUUCAUAUGGAAGAUAUGCUAGCGUACCAGUCUUGUUUUGACGUUGUAAAUUGCAGUUUUAGUUUAGCCCGUGGAGGCUUAUUUUGAGAGCAAAGAAGCGAGCACGAACUGCGACGGGAGACGCUGAAUUUCUCUAAGAAAUUAACAAGAAAAUAAUACGCAAGACUGUGUUCAUUUUGAAUGGGUUUCUGUAACCGAGCAAUCUAAUUUCCAAGAGCCGGAGGACCGUGCGACUGAAGCUUGCAGCAGGACGAUUCAGUUACUAUCGCAAAGGCAAUUUCCAAAAGAAGACAAGUCGACCGGGUGGUGAAGGCUUCUGGAGCCGACAACGGAUCGCUUGGAGCCGGACUCCUUGUUCCUCAGGACGAUGGUGCUGGACAAGGAAGAGGGUGUGCCCAUGCUCUCCGUGCAGCCCAAGGGGAAGCAGAAGGGGUGCGCCGGCUGUAACCGCAAGAUUAAGGACCGCUACCUGCUCAAGGCCCUGGACAAAUACUGGCACGAGGACUGUCUAAAGUGCGCCUGCUGCGACUGCCGGCUGGGCGAGGUGGGCUCCACCCUCUACACCAAAGCCAACCUCAUCCUCUGCCGCAGGGACUACCUGAGGCUCUUUGGUACAACGGGGAACUGCGCGGCCUGCAGUAAAUUGAUCCCUGCCUUUGAAAUGGUGAUGAGAGCCAGAGAUAAUGUUUACCAUUUGGACUGUUUUGCCUGUCAGCUUUGUAACCAGAGGUUUUGCGUGGGGGACAAGUUUUUCCUAAAGAACAACAUGAUUCUGUGUCAGAUGGACUAUGAGGAGGGGCAGCUGAACGGGAGCUUCGAGACCCAGGUCCAAUAGCCUGGGCCGUCGGGGGGGUG